AUGGAAACAAUCACUCAUCACGCCCCGUCCCUGAACGCCUCCCUCAUUGGCGAAUCAGACGACAACCUUGCCUUAUUCCGCGGCGUACCCUAUGCAUCCGUGAAAGAGAGAUGGACACACAGCGAGGUGACGAAUACUCUCGACUCGCCCUUCAACGCAACCAACUUCGGCCCCCGAUGUCCCCAGGGCGAAGGCAUGGUCCUGGUGACCGGCGGAGUCACCGAUCCAGCCCCGGGCGACGACGAAUUCAAAUGUCUGAACCUGAACAUCUGCGUCCCAAAAGAAGCUUUGUCAAACACCUCAGGACCUGGAUUACCAGUCAUCGUCUGGAUACACGGCGGGGGCUUCCUCUACGGCGCAAACUCCGUAUCCCGCUACCGUGCCCAAGCAUUCACAAACCACGCCGCCGAAACAGGACACCCAAUCAUCCUAGUCCAGAUCAACUACCGUCUGGGGGUUCUCGGCUUCGCUGCCUCGUCGGACUUAGCAUCCACUGCCUCCGAUUCUACACUCCCAAACAACAAUUGGGGCCUGGUUGACCAACACAACGCCCUCGAAUGGGUAAACAAACACAUCGCCUCGUUUGGCGGAGACAGGAACAAUAUCACUGCAAUGGGUGUUAGUGCCGGCAGCGCAAGUAUCCACUUCCACAUGCUCUCACGUCUGAACGGAAGUCCGUUGUUCGAUCGUGCGAUUAUGAUGUCUGGUUCGGCUUCUACGCUUGGACCCUUGCCUUUCGAGGUCUACGAGCGGGAGUGGGGAAAGUGUGUUGGAAAGUGUGGGAUCUCGGAUAAUAGUUCCGAGGAGGUGAUUCGACAGAUGAGAGGUCUUGAUGUUGAUACGUUGAUCGGGAAUUAUUCAAAGGCUGCGUUGGGACCUGUCGGGGAUGGAGGUGUUAUGCCGACAGCUUGGAGGUUCGGGGAUGGUUAUGGGCGUGAGACUGGCUCGAGAUGUAAGGAGAUUAUUCUUGGAGAUACAAAUGUCGAGGCUUUGAUCCUGGAUGCCAUUCCUGAGAAUAUUUCCCAAGAGAAGUUUGCGGAGAUGAUUGACGGUGCCUUUUCCGAUGACCUGAUUCGGGAUGACUUCCGCAAGGCUUUUGGGUUUAGGACUCAGACUCAACCAUUUGAGGAGUAUCGGAAUGCUGUUCGACUCUUGCUUGGUUCGACGAUGUUCCAGUAUCCUAAUAUUGGGAUUGCGAGAGCGGGACUCGAGCCAGAGUCUGUUGGGCGGGAUGUUUACCUCUAUCAUUUCGAGGAGCCAUCGCCUUUCCCUGGCCCGACUGAAGGAAUGUCGUAUCAUGGUCUUUGCGCUUUGCUCAUCUAUCUUAAUCAGUUAGAUGGGUUGUCCGAGGAGGUGAAAAGGACAUCGUUAGAGGCGGCAGGGACUUUUGCUGCCUUUGCUUAUGGGAAGAAACCUUGGGAGUCUUUUGGGGAGGCUGGGAGGUUUAUGCGGUUGGGACCUAAGGGUGUUUCGGGAAUGCAUGAUUUCAAGAGUGACCAAAGUAGGGGGUACGGGCAUCUUCAGUGGAUGGAUGACCAUUUUGAGGAGACCAAGGAGUUUGUGUGGAGUAUUUUGUUGGCAUAA